CCAAGGAAGAAGAAGAAGAGGUAAACGAUUUUGUAGAUGGCUGCCUCCACAUGUAAACAUGCGAUGAACUAAUCUUACCGUUAUGCCAAAGUUAAGCCGAUUCAGACACACGCAUUCACUUCACCGUACACUUGUGUUAUAUUGAUAUUAGGAGGCGAACUGGUAAGACGGUGUUAUUAAGGCAUUUGUUUGUGAGUUAGGUCGUGUUUCCAAGCCGGGGAGCCUAGCAUUAGCUAGCCAGGCAGCAAAGUUUGAGAGCCAUGCCUCCACCGCCGACUCUGUUCGUUCGCUCUCUGCCAACAUCGGCUUCUAAUGAACGUCUUCUGGAAAUAUUCUCCGAAAUUGGUCCUAUAAAGCAAUGCUUCGUGGUCAACGAGAAAGGCACAGACAAAUGUCGAGGGUUUGGCUAUGUCACAUAUUCCAUGGAGGAAGAUGCACAGCGAGCAAUCAAGGAAAUCAGAGAAUACGACGGACAGAGGAUAUCCUUGUCAGUCGCAAAGAAGAAAAUAAACGACAAGAAGAAAACGGCCCCAAAGGAUCCAGCCCCAGCAGCACCGGAGGGGAAUGAGAGGAAAGCCAAAGGGAUCCGGAAGAACACGCUGAAAUCUAGACUUAUCAUCAGGAACCUCAGUUUUAAGUGCUCCGAGGAGGAUCUGAAGCAGACGUUUGCCAAGUUUGGAACAGUCCUGGAGGCCAAAAUCCCCCUCAAACCUGAUGGAAAAAUGCGAGGAUUUGCAUUCGUCCUGUUUAAGAAUGUGUGUGAGGCAGGGAGAGCACUGAACGCUAUGAACCUGAAGGAGAUCAAAGGGCGACAGGUCGCAGUUGACUGGGCUGUGCCUAAGGACAAAUUUGUUGCCACACAGCCGCCUCCCAGCACAGGGCCUAAGAAAACAGAGAAGGCAACUGCAGGACAGCCACACACAGACAGUGAUUCUGAAGAAGAAGAAGAAGAAGAAAAAGAGGAUGGAGGACAAAAGAAACAAGCAGCACCUCCGACAAAAAAGAUUAGUUCUAAACCAGCAGCGCAACAGAUGAAGAAGUCCCAAUUAGAAGAUGAAGAUGAUAGUGAAGAUGACAGCGAGGAGGAGGAGGAUGAUGAUGAUGAUGAUGAAGAUGAAGUAGAAGAGAGGGAGGAUGCUGAGUCCCAGGAGGGAGAAGACAAUGAUGAGAGUAGCCUUGAAUCAGAUGAUGAUCACGAUGAGGAUGAUGAUGAUGAGGAGGACGAGGAGUUGGAAGAAGAAUUGGAGCGCAAGAAAACCCAAAAGAAACUUCUCCCGUCAGAUGUAAAAGAGGGCAGAACGGUCUUCAUCAGGAACCUGUCCUUUGACACUGAAGAAGAAGGCCUUGAGGAGGUUCUUCUGCAGUAUGGAGAACUUAACUACAUCAAGAUUGUUCUGCACCCAGACACAGACCACUCAAAAGGUUGUGCAUUUGCCCAGUUUAAGAGUAAAGAAGCUGCAGACAAGUGCAUUGCUGCUGCACAGGAUGAGGCAGAGAGUGGCGGUAUCCGCGUAGAUGGUAGAAAACUGCUGAUAGUGGCAGCUGUGAGCAGGGAGGACGCUUCCAAGCUCAAGGUGAAGAAGGUGAAAGUAGAAACAGGCACCAGGAACCUGUACCUGGCCAGGGAGGGAUUAAUCCGUGCUGGAACCAAGGCUGCAGAGGGCGUGCCAGCCGCAGACAUGGCCAAGAGAGCCAGAUUUGAAGAAGUCAAGAGGAACAAGCUUCGGGACAUAAAUGUGUUUGUGUCAAAGACCCGGCUGUGUGUCCAUAACCUCCCCAAGUCAGUGGACAACAAAAAACUAAAAGCGCUCUGCCUUCAGGCCGCGAAAGGACAAAAAGGAGUCUUCAUCACUGAGUGCAGGGUGAUGUAUGAUAAGAAGCCGGAGAAGGGCCAGGUGUUGGGACAGUCACUAGGUUAUGGAUUUGUCCAGUUCCGGGAUCAUGAGCAUGCUCUCAGCGCACUUCGCCAUCUCAACAACAACCCUGACGUCUUCGGCCCACACAAGAGGCCUAUUGUUGAGUUCUCCCUGGAGGAUGGAAGGAAGCUCAAAAUAAAGGAAAUGCGCCGACAAAAAAGCAAGGAGAUUUUCAGGAAGAGGGCUUCAAAAGGAGGCGUGAAGUCUCAGUCCCAGACACCUGGAGAUGGCACCGGCCCUAAGACAGGUGGAGCUAAAAAGCAACCACCAGAGGGGUCAAGAAAAGAAAAAACCCCCGUCCAGAAUCAGAAGUCAAACAAACACUUUUCUGGCUUCCGGACAAACCCCGAGGUGGAACACACAGAGCUGGAAGAUGGAAAGAAACGGAAGAAGGUUCUGCCCUUGCCCUCUCACCGGGGACCCAAGAUCAGAAUGCGUGAUAAAGGACGGCAACACGCCCCGCCGCCCAAGAAUCUCAGGACCGGACACGGCAGGAAGGAGCGACAGGGUCGACAGAUGAUGCAAAAACCCACACAGUCCAAAACUCCGAAGGUUAAGGCAACAAAGAAGCACUUCAGGAGCAGAGAUCAAGACCGUUUUGACAGUCUGGUGGAGCAGUACAAGAGGAAACUCAUGAGAAACAACGACAAGACGGCCACUAUCAGAAGAAACAAGUGGUUUGACAGUUAACUGUGUGUGUGUGUGUGUGUGUGUGUGUGUGUGUGUGUGUGUGUGUGUGUGUGUGUGUGUGUGAGGGAGAGAGAGAGAGAGAGAGAGCAGUCUGCAGGAUUUACAGUAAGUACACAUGUAGAGUUUGUGAUCAUUAAGGCUUCAUGUGUACAACUAUUGGAACAGGGGCCCACUGUAUUGAUAUUUUAGAAUAAAUAAAAGUCGCUUAAUGCUUCUGUUAAAUUAACAUCCAUUUUGUUUUGGACUUUAUUUAAUGCUCGUGCAAAACUGUACUUGUCUUUGUUGUCAUUUACACUCAUUGAGUUCAUUUUUCAUAUUUUCAUUCUCAUACUUUUUUCUUUAUUCAGUGCAUACUAAAGUUUAUUUCCCUGAAACAAAGUGAAUAUAAAGUUGUUGUUUCAAGUUGUUGUAAAUGAGACUUUUUUUUUAAUGAAAUAUUAAAAAAAUGAUUGAAUUAAUAUUUCAUUGUGUAUUAAAUGCAAAGUUGUUGCCCAUGUGAUUUGCA